CCCUCACUCUCAAAAAACGGAAACACACACAAGCACACAAAAUAGCUAAGAAUUCAAUUUUGAAAAAUUCAAAUUGAGAUUUGAGAUACAAAAUUUAAAGAAAAAGGGGAAUCACACAGCGGAUGGAAAGGCUCUUCUUCUGCAUUCAUAUUUCUGGGUUUUCAAAAUGUAUCUAGCUCAAGUUUGAUGCUAUAUUGCUGUUUGUUUAUUAGUAGCUGAGCUCCAUCUACGGUUUUCUGACCUUUAUUUGGUCCAAAUCUCAGUUCUCUUUACUUCUUCCAGGUUCCACCAUCUUUGCACACUGGUGUGAGGGUUUUGAACAUAAACCUCGAACAGUAGCCGGGCGAGGAAAACAUUUGCUGAAUCUAAAUGCACGUACAAGUAAAAGCUUAAUCCACCAGGAGUCACAAAAAUGGCGUGGAGGCAAAUUCUAUUUUUCAACAGAAGAUUAAUCUCAGCACCUUCAAACUCGUCGGUGCCAACUGGGUUCGUUAGCUUUUCCUCCAAAUCCAAUCCUUACAUAGUGAAGGUAGGGAUACCAGAGUUCUUGAAUGGAGUGGGGAAGGGAGUAGAGACUCACGUUGAGAAGCUAGAAUCUGAGAUUGGAGAUUUCUCGAAGCUUCUUGUUACUCGCACUCUUAAGCUCAAGAAACUUGGCAUCCCUUGUAAACAUAGGAAGCUGAUAUUGAAGUACACUCACAAAUAUAGGCUGGGACUUUGGAGGCCCAGAGCUGAGCCUGUGAAAGCCUAAUAAAUCAUUUGGUUGUGGUCCUUUUCAUGAAGAAAAACAUUCCGCUCGUGUGUUCUUGAACUUUCUUGGAUGGAAAUUGUUCACAAGGCAGCCAACUGCAUCAAGGGGAUAUUGCCCAUGUUAGGAACUGUUUUGGAUCAGUAAAGUGAGAAUUAGGGAUUUGCAUUAUAAACAUACACUAAUAACAAAUGCCCUCUUUAUUUUACUUCUAUCAAGACUUGUUAAUUAACUAUUGGAUUCGUCCCCUAUCAUGUUUGCUUUUCACACAAAUUAAGCAAACUGGAACAUUUUGUCCUUCAGCAUUGUCCUUUUACAAUUAAUCAGUAUCAGACAUUCAUGUUUUA